AUGAAGGCGCCACGUAUGCGUAGAUUGAAAGAAAAAGCGCGUUGCCUAAGUUUAUGGGAACGUAACAAAGUAUUGAAACUGUAUGAAGCCGGCAAAGAUAUUGAAUUCAUCGCUAAUCAUGUAGGCCGGGGUACUGCGACUGUUCGGCGAAUAAUUUCUGGCACAUGGAGACCGAAAAGAUCUAAUGUAACCAUUAUGGAUCUGAUCAAAGAGAGGCGUAUGCUGCGUAAGGUGAAAGCCAAUAGAAACAAAAUUCUUAAAAAGUUGCGGUUAGCAAGAUCAGAUUCAGCAUCUCACAGGAGUGAUGAGGAUGAAAAUUCAAUGAGAUAUAGUUUGAGAUCAUCAGUGAGAUUAACACGCAGUCAGGAUGUUUCUGAAUCGGAAAAUAAGGACAAUCCUUCUUCGACAGGGUUAGCUGAACUGUUUCCUAGAUGCGAGUCGGGAAAGCCUCCAUCAGUUCACGAUGUUAUUGCGUUUUUAUGCUCUAAAGAAGUUCGCUCUAAGUGCAAAACCUGGUGGCCGAAAUGUGAAGAUGAAAAGGACUCAGAUACCGAUGACCCUGCAUCAAAGUGUUGGUUAAUUCGGCUAUCAGAUUGA